CGAUCACAACAGCCGUCUAGUUCUUUGUGGGCAACGCGUGUUACACAAAGCUCGUGUUCAAAAACGUUAAAUUGUUUCUCUGAUGACAAGAGUGACCAAGAUGCUGGUAUGACUUAAAGCCAUCUUGUGUGUGAUAUAUUAAAUAUAUAUUAUUAUAUUUUCUUAAUGAACUUAAUUGACUUAAUGAACUGCUGUAUUUAUUUGUGUUGAAGAAAGUGAAUAAUUAUUGUUCAUAUAGGCGCGCAACCAGCACUAUAGUUUAUUACAGAGAAAAGUGUAGAGUUCAAUGAUUAUUGUGUUCCGUUUUGUCUAAGUGAAGUUUAUCCGAUAAAUCAUUUGAACAAACUAUGCAACGACCCACAGAGAAAUGUGCUGUCUUUUUAAAAAUGUUUUUUGUUUUGUUUCGUUUGUGCCCAAGUAUAAUACCACAGGAAUCUUAUUAGGAAAUGUCGAAAAAUCUUAAUAGUUUAAUUAAUUAACAGUUCUAAUUUUUUGAUGUUCAAUAAACUAUUUUAGAUGCAACAUUCACGACCUCAUGUUCACUAUUAAUUUUUCUUUUAAAUCCUACUAAUAUCAAACUAUAGAAAUGCCCAAAAAGCAGACAAAAAAGUCGCGUGUUAUUGAUUCUCAUUGUUGGCCAGUUCCUGGUCAUAGGAGGUAUGCUGAAGCAUUGUGUUUUCAGGUAAGUAUUUUUUUAAAAGUACAUGAUUUUUGUGAUUUAACUUAAAUUUAUAGAAAAGCCACAGAAAAAAAUAAAUAUAUGCACAACAGGAUUGUUCUAAAUUUCUACAGACGUGAACAUUUUCAACAGUAAGGUCCCAAGUACUUCAUCUAUGAAAGCCUUUACGGUGUGCAAGAAUGUGGUGUUGCCAACUAAAGGCCGCCUGCUUGUGUUUCGUGGAGUGACGCAACGUCAUAAAACUUUUAACGUACUCACGGCGCUUUGGAACCCAUUAUAUAUAUAAUACAAAAAUGAUUGUAAAGAUGUGUUCCACACUUCAAUAAAGCUCCCCGCAAGUGAUACUUUGACGAAAAACAAAUUUUAAUACAAGAUUCUAUGGCAAUGAAACUUAUCAUAUCUUGCUUAUCAGUUUAAAACAUUACAAAUAUUUCUUCAUUCUUACAUGCCAUAAUUUGAGAACAACUUUUUUUUUAAUACAAUGUACACAUGACUAAACAUUUUUAAUAUUUUAGUGAAGGGAGAAUGGGUUGUCGUUGAGAAUCCUUUAAAUUGGGGAUUCAAUUUUUAUAAUAAAUACUUCAGCUUGACUGUGAAGGUAUUUCACGUGACGUUCAGAGAAAGAUUAUCCUAUGGGCAGACCGAUAUAUUUGUAUGACAGUUGUUUAGGUUAUUAUUAUUUUUAAUCCUCUUUACUAACUUCGCUUCAGUUCGUGUGUUUCUUUCUGUCUGGAUGUGUGGCAAAAUCUUCAGAUGCCUAAUUGUCCCGCUUUCUGUUUGCGUAUCGAGCUGAACAUAUCUUCUUCUUCUUCUAUAUCUUAAGGGCCCACGAUCAAUUUAUUGAUCAUUUUGGCUCCUAUGCAUGUAGAUGGGAUUUGCAAUGUUUCUGUCACUGUUGGUGAUGAGGAAAUCAUGCACUAGGGGUUUGAAGGCUUGAGGCAAUAGACACACAUGUGUCUAGUGUUGUCGCCUCAACCGUUCCUUUUGAAAGAUUGUUCCAGUCCCUGAUUGUCUUGGGCAGGAAUGAGCAGCUCCUAUACUGGCUUCUUGCUGGUAUGAGCCUGAAUUGCUUGUCAUGGCCUCGUCGGGACGAGUUUCUGUUUAAUACUGGAACAGUGGACCAGCCCAUUAUUUAUCUUGUACAUCAUCGAGAGCCUGGAUUGUCGUCGUCGUUUCUCCAAUGGUGACCAGCCUAGUGUUUCUAGCAUGCUGCCAACACUAGAGGUAUUCCUGUAGCGGUUUAGGACAAAGCGUGCUGCUCGUCGCUGGACCGCCUCCAACCUGUCAAUGCUCUUCUGGGUAAAUGGGUCCCAGACUGAAGAUGCAUAAUCUAAAAUCGGACGGAUAAAGGCUUUAUAUGCUCUUUCUUUCACACAGGAGUUGCCAAUCUUUAGAUUUCGCCUUAAGAACCCUAGGGUCUUGUUUGCUUGGUUACAUACAUUGUUAAUAUGUUCAUCCCAUCGGACCUCUCUUUGAAUGGUAACACCCAGGUACUUUACGGAGGAAACUUGCUCAAGAAUAUGGCCGUGCAGUUCGUAUUGGUAGUGUAGAGGAGUACAACUUCUAGAGAUUGAUAGUGUCUGGCACUUGGCAGGGUGAAAUUCCAUGUCCCAGCUCAUGCAGAUAGGUUCGUUGUCGACGAUUACUAUUUCAAACUAUCAGCCGCACCUCCCAACCCCAACCCCAAAAACUAAGUUUUUUCCUGUUCAAAGCGAAGAUGAAGCAAACAGGGCGCCAAUGAUUUAACAAACCAAAACCUCCGAUAACUGCACUACGUGAGAUUUUACGUGUGAUUCUAAGUGAGAUUCUACGUGAGAUUCUACGUGAGAUUCUACUUGAGAUUCUACUUGAGAUUCUACGUGAGAUGCUACAUGAGAUGCUACGUGAGAUUCUACUUGAGAUUCUACGUGAGAUUCUACGUGUGAUUCUAAGUGAGAUUCUACAUGAGAUUCUACGUGAGAUUCUACUUGAGAUUCUACGUGAGAUUCUACUUGAGAUUCUACGUGAGAUGCUACGUGAGAUGCUACGUGAGAUUCUACAUGAGAUUCUUUUUCAAAAAAAUAUCGCAUGUGCGUAUGAUGCAUAAUAUUUACUUUUGUUUUUUUCUAAAUUAGUUGGUGUGAUAAAUCUGCGGUGUACAAAUGGCGUGCAUCGUAAGAAAAUUAAUCUAGUUCAGGGGCGUGAAAAAAAUGAGCGGUUGCGAACCUAUGGAGGGGUUUGGGGGGGGGGGACUAUUUAAGAUUCUUAUCAAGUGCGUUACUUGAAUGCAUGUUUUGUCAAAGUUUUAGUUCCACCCCCCCCCCUCGUGCUCGAUAUUACAUUUUAUAAAGGAUUUCUACGAGACAUAUUGUUUUUAAGGGUUGUUUAAUAUCCGAAGAACAGUAUUUCUGAACACAAGAUUAGGUACAAUGGUGACAACAUUAUAUAAUAAGUCACAAAUAUGGAUAUGUAUUGUUGAUUACACAUAAGUAAUUUUGAUAACGGAAAGAUUCUUUGACAAGUUUGAUGUCAUUCAUUUCUUCCCACGCACAAACAAAAGCUAAGCCCCUCCCCCCUCUACCCUGCCAAUAUCUAUUCUUAAUAUGUGUACUUAUUUCCUGUGGGUUGCAGAUUGUCAGAAAUGUUCAAUAAAAAAACCGUUAAUUUACAAUAAAACAAUUUAUUUUUUAUGUAAAAUUGAUACUUUCCUAUCUGAAGAUAUCGAUUAUCUCUUUGUUACAAAUUUAGGAAUUAGCCCAGAUUUUGGCACGACACACAUUUUUAAAGUUACUAUUGCAACUUAUAUACUUAAAAUACCCCUCGGUGUAAAAUAAAAUCAAACCCCAUAUCAAGGGUCGUCAUUUAGUUAGGGCAUUUGCAACACCCCCCCCCCUUUUCCUAAAUUUGAAAGUUUUAUUUAAAUUGCGAUAUACAGUGGCGCUUUCAGUAAUAAACAACUUAACAAGCCAACCAAGUUUUGGUUUUGCCCCACCCCUGCCCCCCUCCCACUUCAAAAAACCUUCAAUGUCAAUCCUGCCUAUAUCAUACAACCUGAUUUCUAAAACAACCCGUUGACUCUGUAUCGUUAUUCUAAUAUUUUUUUUCAUUUCUUUUUUUAUCCUCCUGUAAACACAAGUGACACAUUCGAUACGACACGUGACAUGAAUGAAGGCAGAAAUGAUAAAUCCCUGUAUCUGCACACUUCGAACACAACAGUAAGUAGAGCACAAGGAAUACAGACUGGCACAUCUUAGAUUAACCUCAUUUUGAUGCGCAAUGUACAUCUAAACUCUAAACGACACAUAGAUCAAUGAAUUACUUUUUAAAAUAACUUUUAUACUACAAGUUUUUUUUUUAACAAAGCCAAAGCUCGCCAACACCCAAAAUCGACAUUCAAAAUAUAUAAUAAACGAAAAAUGCACAUAUCGUUCCGAUCGAUAUCAAACGUCAAUGUUCAGAGAGUUCACAGGAUCAGAUUAUUUCUCAUGUUUGAAUGAACGGCUUUAUUCAACUGCCCCUGGAGAUUAUGAUUUAUCUUUACAAUACACUUAUUUAUUGAUUACUAGAUAGAGCCCGCCAAACAUUGGAGACAGCAAUGCGUGAACUUCUCAUCUAGUAAAGUUACUUGACAAAACAUGAACUUAAGAAAUGCACAUUUAAGAAUCCCAAUAUUUGCUACACCCCUUCGCCCAUGAUACGUCACUGCACACUUUUUGUUUCAUGCCCAUGAACUAUAUUAAUAUUCUGAUGUCCCAACCACAUUUAAACCGAAUAUUUUUUACACAAUAAUUAAAUUGAGACGAGUUCAUUUCCGAAAAGAAAAUAAUAUAUAUAUAUAUAUAUAUAUAUAUAUAUAUAUAUAUAUCUUUUAGCGUAGAUAUCGGAAAUAAAAUUUUGCGCACUAGUGAGCUCAUUAUUUAUCCACACUCUGGCGUAUCUAUAUAUAGCGUGAGUGGUAGUGUUUAACUUUUGCUUGCGAAUUAUAUAUAUAUAUAUCAUUUAGCGUAGUUAUCGGGAAUAAAAUUUUGCGCACUAGUGAGCUCAUUAUUUAACCACAAUCUGGCGUAUCUAUAUAUAGCCUGAGUGGUAGUGUUUGACCUUUGCUUGCGAAUUAUAUAUAUAAAUUAUUUUGCUAGAGCAAAAUGUGUGGAUGUUUGUGGACAGUAAGCUGUUGGGAUUAAAUAGAAAACCAGGACAUUUGUGACAUUUAUUCACAAAUGCAAACCGUUUGCAUAUUGAUUGCAAAUAGCCAGUCGUUAUGUUUAUGGUUAGGACAUUUAACCUCGCUAUAACCGGCAAACAGAUACAGUGCUGUCGUGGCUUAUUUAUAAAAAAAUAUUUGAAAAAAUUCAUUACCUGUUGAAAUUUUUUUCAAAGCAAAUAAAAAGACUAUACAUAUAUACAUAUAAAUAUAUACUUUUUAUCACAAUCACAAAUUCACUUAAUCUAGUCCCAUUUCAACAGUUUAUAGCUCACUAACUUCAAGACUAUAGAAAUACUUUUAUUUACAAACUGAAUCAUCUAUCUUCCUGCUUUAGGGUAAUCCCGAAGCUGUUUAAAAGGAAAAUUGUAAGACGCCGCUGUAAUUCCUUCUUUUUUUUUUAAAUCCGCGAUAUGUUUGGAGUCAUACUGUCGACAAAUAUGACAAAAAUAAUUCUAGUCACGUGAUUCUCUAUGUUAUUCUAUUCUUACGCAGCAACGAGAAAAUACAUCAACAGUUGAAGAUGAUUGUCACUACAACCAAUCUGCCCCAUCCAUGAAAUCCAAGGCUGUCUAUUCUCUGUCUCACCAGGUAAUCUAGACUAAAAUAUACAUUUAUAUAAAAAAUAAUUUCGAUUGAUUUAAAGCAAUGCUGAGACGUAAUGUCUCACGAGAAAGAAAUAGCACGCUCGUCACCUCCUUAUUAUUAUUUAUUUUUAAACACUAGUCAGUAGCAUGAGAAAACGCUUUCCCAGCACAUUUUCUCUUCUUUGAAUGUACGAAUAGUUAAUCCAAUGAAUGAACGACACAUCGCCCUUGCUAAACCUUUACAAACACAUGCUUUAAACCCAACUCCAAAAACUAUCUUUAAAAAAAAAGAAGAACAUUCCUAAAAUCUUACUUGAACCGGAAUUAGUUAUGUAACGAAAAAUAUUGUUUUUAUCAAUCUGUGAUCAGUAUUGUUAAAUAAUGUUCUAAGGUGACCCCUCAGUUCCUACCAAAUUACAAAAACCCAUGUUGGAUGGACGGACCUGGGGAGCAGAGACUGAUGUGUGUCCCUUAUGUUUUCCUCAUAGGUAAACUGAUUGAACUCAUUCUAAGCAGUUUAAGUUGUACAUAAAACACGUAACUCUAUGAGGACCUAAACUUUAUUUGUUUUAAUUUCUUUGGUAGUUAGAGUCUCUCUCUCACCCUGUUUUAGGCACUCCUCCUCCUCUGUUUUAUGCACUCCUCCUCAUCUGUUUUAGGCACUCCUCCUCAUCUGUUUUAGGCACUCCUCCUCCUCUGUUUUAGGCACUCCUCCUCCUCUGUUUUAGGCACUCCUCCUCCUCUGUUUUAGGCACUCCUCCUCCUCUGUUUUAGGCACUCCUCCUCCUCUGUUUUAGGCAUCUGUUUUAGGCUUUCCUCCUCCUCUGUUUUAGGCACUCCUCCUCCUCUGUUUUAGGCACUCCUCCUCCUCUGUUUUAGGCACUCCUCCUCCUCUGUUUUAGGCACUCCUCCUCCUCUGUUUUAUGCACUCCUCCUCAUCUGUUUUAGGCACUCCUCCUCAUCUGUUUUAGGCACUCCUCCUCCUCUGUUUUAGGCACUCCUCCUCAUCUGUUUUAGGCACUCCUCCUCCUCUGUUUUAGGCACUCCUCCUCAUCUGUUUUAGGCACUCCUCCUCAUCUGUUUUAGGCACUCCUCCUCCUUUGUUUUAGGCACUCCUCAUCUGUUUUAGGCACUCCUCCUCAUCUGUUUUAGGCACUCCUCCUCCUCUGUUUUAGGCACUCCUGAAUGUCCACAUUUGUGCGCAAAGAUCUUGUUGUCUAAUAAUCGUCCAUAUAACAAAAUGCAUACCACAGACAUUGACCAACGAUAGUCCAGGUCAUGUCAUUACUAUUAACCUUACUUUAGGCGUACAGAAAUGUGGAACCACAGAUUUACACGCACGGCUUGUCGCCCACCCUCUGAUUGUGCCGCCCAGGGAAAAAGAACCACAGUUUCUCUCCAGGGGCGCCUUCAGGGCGAAGUGCCAACAGGGCCGCAUUCAUAACAGUCAGUGUUUUUUUUUCUAACAUUAGAGUUAAGGUUUCUCUAACAUUAGAGUUAAGGUUUCUCUAACAUUAGAGUUAACGUUUCUCUAACAUUAGAGUUAAGGUUUCUCUAACAUUAGAGUUAAGGUUUCUCUAACAUUAGAGUUAAGGUUUCUCUAGCAUUAGAGUUAAGGUUUCUCUAACAUUAGAGUUAAAGUUUCUCUAACAUUAGAGUUAAGGUUUCUCUAACAUUAAAACUGAUUUUUCUCUCACAUUUAAAUUUUCGUGUUUUUUUUCUAAUAUUAGAGUUUAGGUUUCUCUAACAUUAGAAUUGAUUUUUCUUUAACAUUAAAGUUUUCGGUUUUUCUAUUAUUAGAGUUUAGGUUUCUCUAACAUUAGAGUUGAUUUUUCUUUUAUAUUAAAGUUUUCGGUGUUUCUAUUAUUAGAGUUUAGGUUUCUCUAACAUUAGAGUUGAGGUUUCUCUAACAUUAGAAUUGGUUUUUCUUUAACAUUAAAGUUUUCUGUUUUUCUAUUAUUAGAGUUUAGGUUACUCUAACAUUUAGUUGAGGUUUCUCUAACAUUAGAAUUGAUUUUUCUCUAACAUUAAAAUUUUCGGGUUUUCUAAUAUUAAAGUUUAGGGUUCUCUAACAUUAAAGUUUAAGUUUCCUGAGUUGAUGUUUUUCUAGCAUUAGAGUUGGGGUUUCUCUAACAUCAGAGUUGAGGUUUUUCUAACAUUAGAGUUGAUGUUUCCCUAAAAUUAAAGUUAAGGUUUUUUUUAUUAAGAAAGUUUAGUGGGGUUAUUUUUAGACAACGUCUGGAUUUACUCUCUUCCGCAUUGAUGCUGUGUCUGAUUACGGCGGGCUUUUCUAUUGCAUGUUUCCAAUUCUCAGGCUUUCAGAUACAAUGUCAGCAUUUUUUUGAAGGGCUUGGAGCUAGUCUCGAUUUCUCUGCAUUAAUACCCCUUCUAAAAAUGUUUUAUUUUAGAUCGUUUCUUCCCAACUCAAACUUCAAUAAUGUUUCUGUCUGAGUGGGGAAGAGGGGUCGGGGGUGGGGAGGGGGGGGGACAAUGUUGUCGGGCUGAGGUAUGUGUUAUCUUAAUUUAUUAUUAUUAAGUUUACUUCUUAUAAAGUAUUUAUUAUUGUGUGGUCGACAACUGAUUAUAUGAUUUUACUCAAAUAAUGAAAAUAUUGAGUCACUUCAAACACGUUUAAACGUUUUCCAAGGGGAAUCUGAAGGAAAUAUGACGUCACUGAUUUCACGAAAUAAAAUUCCCGAUAACCGUGCUAAAUGAGAUUCGUAAAACUAUUGCAAGUGCGUUUGGUGCGUAACAUUUUAUUUUGUUUUCCUGAAAUAGUUGGUGUAAUUGAUCUGCGAUCUGCAAUCUGGUGAGACAUAAGAACAUGAAUAUAAAAUAAAAUAAUAAAAAAUUUAUAUAUAGAAUUUAUUCAAAAACUUUUAUUUUUGUGUGUUGUUUAAUUGUCUCAGUUUUUUUGGUUCUUUUUUGAUAACCUGAUUUUAUCCACAUUUUUAUCCACAGCCACAGCAAGCUGUAUCAUCCAUCAGUUUGCAGAGCUUUACUUUCAGAGUGCCUCCAUAGACAUACGUAACAACUUCAAAUUGUCGGAAGAGAACGACCAAGGUAAACCAAAUAAUGGACUUUAACACUUAUUGUGUAGUGCGACGUCGAUAUACGACACUUUCAUUGGCAUGCUUUGCAGUUUUGAAAAAGAAUACUCUCCGAGGAGCGGUAGAUUUGUAAGCACGGUCAACAUCGUUUGUAUGCUAUACUUCAGGGCUUAGUUAGGACCCAAAAAAAAAAUCAGAUUCAAUAGAUUUAAGAUUAGUUUCAAAAGAGCAACAAGAACCACAACACAAUAGUGAACGCUUUAUUUAAUCUCUAUUUAGACAAUUGAUGCAAUAUUUAGAACAGUGCUUCUCCACCUUAGUAAGGCCGCGACCCUUUACCAUUAGUGCAUCGUGUUGUGGUGACCACCAAACAUUAAAAAAAUGUUUUGCUACUUCAUAAAUAUGUGUUUACAAUGUUCUUAGUCGAUCCCUGUGUAAGGGUCGUACGCUUCAGAAAUGACCUGACCGAACGCCUCUAGGUCAGAGACCCACACCACCGAGGUGACUCGGCAAGGUGUCACACGGGAUCUUGCCUAUACGCGGCUUGGAAAACCAGUAGGGAGGUUCCCUCCUGAAGUCAAAAGAUCCCGGCCAAAUGCAUGACUUCAAACGCAACGGAAGAAGCGCACUAACAUGAUUACUGGUCGCCGAUAAUGGAUAUGAGAUUUGGCUGGCAACAAAACCCUGGCCGAGGAUUUUAAGUACGCGCCCCUGGGAAAGCCACUCCUAGGCGACCCUUUCGUCCCCCCAUGCUACGUCUAAACCGAAAAACUCCCUGGGCGGUUGGGGAAGGGAACGCAACAUCCUUCUCCCGGAGAGGAAGUAAAGCCGUUCUGAAUCCACGGAGAUUGGACUGGCAACACUCUGAAAGGAGUGUGUACAGUCGACAGAACAUCCCCCAAGCUCGAGGGGGGAGAUCUCUGAGACUCUUCCGCACGGUGGGUCGGUCCCGUGUGGGGGUGUGCCGGAGGGGGUUUUAAAAGCUCACACUCGAUGACCCACCGACAGAGCCGUAGUGAGGAAGGGCAGGGGUGGACAGAUUUCCCCGGGCGCCGGCUAGUUAGGGGCGCCAAAAUGUGCUUUGAUAUUAUUUUAUUGAUGAAAAUAAUGGGUUUGAGAGUUUAAAAAAAGAGAAAGGGGUGCUUUAAAAUGGAUAUUUUCCCCGUGCGCGAAUCUUGUCCCCGGCGCCAAACAACCUCGCUACGCCUCUGCCCAUGGACGCAAACUCCAAAUUGAUUUAUUGAGUAAGGGUCGGUCGAAAACCCCCCCCCCCCCCCGGGGCCGCGAACAAUAAGUUGCGAACCGCAGGUCUAGAAUGAGUAAACAAAUGUAAUUUAUUAUCGUUUCAUUUGAACUCUGAGCAAACAUUUUUAAAAAGACAUUGACCUUCUCUGUAACUGGUACAGCUGCAAUAAUGUCGUCAUAUGAUGCUAUGGU